GAAUUGUCUCUUUCUUAUUCUUGUUGAUAUCAUUUGAUCCUAACUUGAUGUCUUGUUGGAACUCUUUCAGGAUGUCUGUCUCUCAUAAUGGUCAGUCCUCCCUCGUACAGAGCUUGGCCACACUCCUCCGAAACGAUGGCGACUUGGUGCUUGAUGGCAGCAGCACGCUGACGUUGCCGGCGUCCACCUUGCAGCAGCUCACCCGGCUGUUCGAACAGUACCUGCUGUCCAGGAGUCAGCCUCAUGGAUUCCUCGCGCUGCCCUCCCACCCUGCCGACACCGCCUCGCUGCUGCAGCUGCAGUUUCUGUUUGAUGUCCUGCAGAAGACGAUCUCCCUCAAGCUCAUGAACCCUCCGGGGGAGAGACUUCAAUCUGUGGUGAAAAUAUUCCCGUUCAAGUCUUUGAAGUGUUUGGAGUUAAAGCGAGUCCCCCCACACUGUCUGGAGGGACUCCGAGGGGUUUACUCCCAGCUGGAGGUCUUCACAUGUUCAAAGAGCCUCAGCUCCCUCGAGGAGCUGCUCUCCCUGUGUGGAGGAGACCUCAGCUCUGCACUGCCUUGGCUGGACCUGCACACCCUCAACUUCAGCUACAACUCAAUCGUCUGCCUUGAUCAGUCACUAAGUUUACUGAACGUCCUGAAGUCUUUAGAUUUGAGCCAUAACAAGAUUCAGGAGUGCGCUGAAUUUCUUAAGCCUUUGAGCGAACUGGAACACUUGAACCUGGGCUACAACUGCCUGCAGAGGGCGCCAACGCUCGGCCUGAGCGCCAGGGCCAAACUGCUCACGCUCCACCUCAGGAAUAAUGAACUGGAGACAAUAAACGGUGUCGAGCAGUUAUCUUCACUCCAGCACUUAGACCUGGCCUACAACCUGCUGCUGGAGCACUCCCAGCUGGCUCCGCUCUCCCUGCUGCACAGCCUCAACACACUGAACCUGGAGGGCAACCCGCUCUACUUCCAGAAGUCCCACCGCUACUGCACCGUCCGACACCUCUCCCCAAAGGCUGCAAAUCUUCGACUCAAGCUUGAUGGGACCACGCUGUCGUCAUCUGAAAUAUCAGUUCUCCCAAAACAAGGCCAGCUGAUCGUGCAGGUGCAGCCUUCACCUCCCGUCACCGGGCCACCUGAGCGCAGUAACCAGGAAGCGUCGAGUGGAGCCGGCGAGCUGAGUGACAGCAUGUCCGUCGGGGAGGUCGCGGUGGCACGCAUUCGGAAGAAGAAAUCAAGAAGUAAGGUGAAAGUGCGGAGAGCGAGCAUAUCGGAGCCCAGUGAUACGGAUUACGAGUCCAAGCCCCUUUCGACCACACAGGGUAUUGUCCUCCCCCACCAGCAGGAGAUCGAGCGCAUGUCCAGCUUCAGAGACCAGAUGGGUGAGGAUUGGCUGAGGUACCAGCAUCAUCUAGACGGUGUUCCCUCUUCCAACGACACCAACCAGCCCCUCCAAAACGGCCUCAACGCCACCCCGUGUCCCUCUGCCAGCAACAGCUAUCAGCCGUCCUUUGAUUCUCUGGAAGUCCCAGAGGUCCUCCCCCCUCCGCUGCUGUCCUCCGAGCCCAAGAUGGAGACCUCAGACGCCGAUGCGGACCUUGAAACGGAGUCCACGCUACAGUGGGCGGGCCAUAGCUCUCGGCUCACGUUGGAGGAAAGUGUGGUGGACGGUCCGGGGAUGAACCAGGAGACAGAGAGCACACUAGGGCCGAGUCCAGAGUCCCAAAAGUCGACAAGAAGGGAGAGUGGAGACACCAAAGAAGAAGAGGAGGAGGAGGAUCUUGGAGUGGACCUGUGUCACCCCCUCCUCGUGGGCGUCCUGACUGACAAAGAGGAAGAAGACGCAGCCAAUGAGGGGGAGAGGAAGGGGAGGAGGAGCGAGGUGUUCCUGUGCAUCAAACAGGGUCUGGUGCUGGAGGUGGACAUGCAGCGCGGACGGGAGAGAUGUCGGCUCGAGCUGGGCAGCCUAGCAAGGGUGGAGGCUACUGAGGCCGCCUGGACUCGAGGGGAAACAGAGGAGAUGCUUCCAGCUGUGGAGCUUCAGUUCGACUACAUCAGCAGGGAGAAAAGGAGGAGACGCUACGUCCUGCUUGAUGACGACCCCCUACAGGCGCUGCAGGCUCUGACUGACGUGCUCUCUCAUGUGGCGGAGGAAAACCAGCGGCGCGUCCUCGAGCUCCGCCCCAGCUGCGUCCUCCUGCAGUGCCUCCGCUGCCGGUCAGAGUUCACGCUCCAGGGAGGGGUCGCCGAGGACGAGGCGGCAGGGAGGAGCAGGGAUGAAGACGACAAAGGAAGCAGCAACAUUUGUCCAGAUUGUGGUAGCGAUCAUGUGGUCCAGCUUGCCAGCCAACCAACUCCCUACACAAGCACCCCGAUCCGCCAGUCAUCGAGGCCGGACAGCGAGGACGAUCACCUCGAUAUCACUCAGAGCACCCGCAGCGUCAAUAAGGACAAUUACACCGACGCCAGCAUCAGCAGCAGUCCUAUACUGGAAUCUACGGCAAACACAGAGGAUCAAACCUUCAUCACGGCCCACGGCAGCACCUUCCACAUCGAGGACGGGCAGGGGGGCACCGCCGGCUCCGCCGUCUUCUACAGCACAGAGUGCCAAAGUAAAGAGGAGCUGGCCGGGAGCUACCGGUACAACGCUGCAGGCGCUACUCCGCCUGACGUCCAAUCACAGCCUGCAGGGAGACCCGACCUGAACGAUGGUUUGGACCUCCUGACUGAGGACUACACGGCAGUGGAUCAUCGCUUACAACUUUUCCUGGACGUGGAGGUCUUCGAGGGAGAAGAGCACCUUCACUCUUUCCUGAAGAUGUCAGCUGUCAAAUUCGGGGAGCCGGGGGAGGUUCCCUCUCUGCUUGUGGUGUCAAACAAGAGCAUCUAUUUCUUGGAACUGAUGUCAGAAACCCACAGAGGCCAGCUCUCUGAUUGGCUGCAGAAGCGGGACAGCCACCCAAUCAUGGAGCUCGGCUACCUGGAGGUGGGGCUUGGCUCGCAGACCAUCCACAUGGAGUUCGACGGGGGCGUGGCCUACACUCUGCUGGUACGAGACAACCUACGAUGCAAGCGGUUCUUUGGCUUGUUGACAGGAAUUGUGCGUGAAAUGGCCCACGACUCGGACAGCAAGCUGCAGUCCAUCUCGACCACGAGACUCAACCCUCAGCACCACCUCUGGCCGCUGGUGUGUGAAGACAUCCAGGCAGAUGUGGAGGACGGGCAGCUGCAGUUUUUCUACAUGCUGGCUUUCAUCCUGCAAGAUGACGUCUGGACACCGCUAACAGUCCUCGCCACCCGGGAAACCCUGUACCUCCUCAAAGAGGACCACCAGUGGUCCAAAAGCUCAAGCGGCUCAACGGAAAACGAGAACCAAGAAGUGAGCAGCGGGAGCGUCGCCGUUUUGGAGACACAGGCGAUCAGCUGCGUGAGCUCGGUCCACCUGUGGCCGUCUGAUCAGUGCAGGGUGGAUAUUCAGCUGUACGAUGAGACUGCGAAACAGGAGAAGACGUGGUGUGUGCACUCGGAGAGCACGGAGCUCCUGCGGGGUCUGCUGGCCUGGGUCAGAGCUCAGUGGGAGGCCAUGUUCGGCGUAAAACUGAACUGCAAGACAAAGCAGAACAAUGGCUGAGGGCAUUGGACGUAUUACAGACUCUGUGUGUGUGUGUGUUAUGUGAGCGUUAGUGAGUUCUGCCUGUUGGUACUGGGAAAUGUUAAGUGAGCGUGAGUGAGUUGGUCUUUAUUUUCUCUGCGCUGUCUGCACUCAGUCUGCUCCCAUUAUGCUUUCUUUUUAAGCCAAGAGCUUGGAAAUGAUUGCACAUAUCCAUGUGGUACACAAGCCUGUAAAAGAAGAAGCACUGGUUGCAUAAUUCCACCCUCCAGAUACCAACCCACUGAACUUCUCCACAGCGCAAAUGGAGUGUGCCUUGUUUUGUUGUUUUCUGCAGCUGCUAUGUAACUUCUGUUGGAAUGCACCUGAACGCAUCUCGCAUUGUCCCUCCAUCACUGGCGUCAGAGCAGAUUUGGGUUUUUGGGAACUAAGAGAAGAGAGCGUUUCGCUGAGCUCGUCGGAGCUCUUCCUCACUUUCUUAGGGUGCACUGAGUUGUGACAUCACGCGCUCAACACGAGGACAAGGGACACUAGUGAGAGGUCAGAGGUCACAGCACUUGUCAUCGAGGGUCACCAAACACCUUUGCCUCCCUAUUAGAGUCUUGUGAUGUCUCUGCAAUGCAGAUAAGAUUAACAAUAGUGCUUAUUUUUUACAAUUGGAACAAGUGUUUCUUUAGUUUAUUUGUAGCGUGGGUGCACUGCUGUCAUCUAAUAAAUAACAUUUCUGUAGUUUCUCAGCUUAAAUCUUUGUUGUUUUUUUUGUUGAACAGGUU